AUGAUAUUAAAACAGACAAAAGUUGUUGAAAAACAAGCUACCAUUACAAAAACACCAGAUGUUUCAAGAAUUAUUCAGAAAUCAACAUAUGAUCCGAAUUUAUUACUUUCUGGUUAUGUUGUAUUAUCAGCUGAUCAUUUAUCAAGUUCUCUUGCAACUAUACGAAAAGAAGUUGAACGAUUAGAUGGCAUAUUAUCAUCAAAAAUUGAUGAUACUGUUGGAAUUGUUGUCAAUUUACAAAGCAUUUUCCCAUUUAAAUUCUUUAAUUAG